AUGGCGCUCUCUAAAACUCAAGGAAGACCCCGGUGGAAAACUUUCCUCUUCAGUUUUGUAGCGGCGGCCGUCGGGAUGAAGUUACGCGCCGGUACGCCGCCCGUCCUGUACUCGUACGCGUCGAUGCAGCAGCGGAGCGGCGGCGGCGUGAGGUGUCGCGAGUGCGUUGCCGUGCUGGGCGCCGCCGCCUUGGUGGUGCUCGUCGUCACCCACGCGCUCCUCCCGGGGGCCAGGUUGGGGGACCUGGGCGACGUUGUUAGCCCGGUGCUCCGUCUCCGGAGAGCCAGGCGAGAGGAGGUGCCGUCGUCGGAGAAGACGGUAGGGGAAAUCGGCGACGAGGCCGAUGGGUUCCUGUGGAACAACGCCAUGCUGCAGUGGCAACGCACCGGGUACCAUUUCCAGCCGGAGAAGAACUACAUGAACGAUCCAAACGCUCCGAUGUACUACCGUGGAUGGUACCACUUCUUCUACCAGUACAACCCGAAGGGCGUCACGUGGGGCAACAUCUCGUGGGGCCACGCCGUGUCGCGGGACAUGGUCCACUGGCACCACCUACCCCUUGCUAUGGUGCCUGACCGAUGGUACGACAUCAAAGGCGUUUUGACGGGCUCCGCUACCAUACUUCCCGAUGGCAAAGUCGUCCUGCUCUACACGGGGAACACCGACACCCUUGCCCAGGUACAGUGCCUUGCCGUACCUGCUGACCCUCAUGAUCCUCUCCUUCGUACUUGGACCAAGCACCCUGCAAACCCUGUGCUCCUUCCGCCCCCCGGGACCGGCAAAAAGGACUUUCGCGACCCCAUGACAGCAUGGUUUGAUAAGUCCGACAACACGUGGCGCACCAUGAUCGGGUCCAAGGACGACAACGGCCAUGCUGGCGUCGCCCUCAUGUACAAGACAAAAGACUUUGUCAAGUUCGAGCUCAUCCCACGCCCGGUCCACCGCGUCGAGGGCACCGGCAUGUGGGAGUGCGUCGACUUCUACCCUGUGGGCAACCGCAACUCAUCACAUGAAGAGUUGUACGUGCUGAAGGCGAGCAUGGACGAUGAACGACAUGACUACUAUGCAUUGGGAAGGUACGACGCAGUGACCAACACAUGGACGCCGCUGGACCCAGAAGCAGAUGUGGGAAUCGGACUAAGGUACGAUUGGGGAAAGUUCUUUGCGUCCACGACAUUCUAUGAUCCGACAAAGCGGCGACGCGUGAUGUGGGCGUAUGUUGGUGAGACAGACUCCAACCGGACCGACCUCGCCAAAGGAUGGGCAAACGUCCAGGCGAUUCCGAGGACGGUGGCGCUGGACGAGAAGACCCGGACGAACCUCCUCCAAUGGCCGGUGGAGGAGAUCGAGACCCUCCGCCACAACACCACUGACCUCAGUGGCAUCACCAUCGGCACUGGCUCCAUCACCCCCUUGCAUCUCCGCCAAGCCGCUCAGCUCGACAUAGAGGCCUCCUUCCGCCUCAACAUAUCUGACAUCGCAUCCCACAACGAGGCUGACAUUGGCUACAACUGCAGCACUAGUGGUGGUGCCUCCAAGCGGGGUGCACUUGGCCCCUUCGGCCUCCUCCUCACCAACGGCCGUAGUGAGCAAAUGGCAAUGUACUUCUACGUGUCUAGAAGCCUCGACAGGGGACUCCGGACCCACUUCUGCCAUGACGAGUCACAGUCAUCGCUGGCCAAGAACGUUGUGAAGCGUGUGGUGGGCAGCACCGUUCCGGUGCUCGAGGGCGAGGCUUUAUCCGCUAGGAUUCUUGUGGAUCAUUCCAUUGUGGAGAGCUUUGUGAUGGGUGGGAGGUUGACGGCGACGUCACGGGUUUAUCCCACUGAGGCCAUCUACGAGGCGGCUGGGGUGUAUGUUUUCAACAACGCUACCGGCUCCACAAUGACCGUCGAGAGGCUCGUGGUGCACGAGAUGCACUCAACACCGAUGCAACGAGAUCUUUAUGCACGAGAUUAA